AUGCUGGCCCCGGCGCCGUAUCAAAUGCCAGCGAAGGAGGACAAGAAGAAGAGCAAAAGGGCUGAAGGUGGCCUCCGCUCUAAACGUAUACUGGACGCUACGUCCGGGGAGACUGAAGCUCCCUCUUCUGAAGAUGAAGACGAAGGGGAAGGAGAAGGUGAUAUCUCUUCUCCCCACAGGAAGAAAAGGACUGUCUCCGAAGAGUUGGAGGUGGAGGCACCCAAGAGAGGGAAGAUAUCCCUGUCAGAUGGUUCAAGUUCGGAAGCCGAUGUUGACAAAGAGCUCCUCUCUAGGGACAAGCCCUUUGCCGAAUCUCCGGCCUGCUAUCUACCUCAACAGUCCUCCUCAUCGGGGGACUUGCCUCCGGAGAUGAUGGAAAGCGAGACGCCUCCACAAGCUUCCUCGCCCCUAAGGCCGGACGACUUCGAGGUGUCAUCCCGGAGGAUCUCCCCUGACCAUCCAGCGGCGCGGGGGACAAUGAAGACAGCGCCCGAAGGUGAUACUUUGACCGCCAAGGGUCCAGGGGAGGCAGCCCCCACGGGGACCAACAAUGAGGGCCUUGAACUAUCCAGUUUAUAG